AUGGCCCCACUCCCGGCACUCAUCACCAGGGAGAAUUUCAAGACCUUUCUGGAGAGUUUUGACACCGUGCUGACUGACUGUGGAUGGUGCGUGUGGGACCGUUUGAUUGGCCAGGCCCACGUGACCCUCAACACACUGCAGGCACUGGGCAAGAAAGUGUUCUUUGUUACCAAUAAUUCCACCAAAUCCAGAGAUGAUUAUGUCGAGAAGUGUGGAUGUUUGGGCUUCAAGGCUACCAAGGAGGACAUUCUGAGUUCAGCCUAUGUGUUGGCACAGUACCUGAAGCAGCAGGGCUUUCAGAAGGUGUAUGUGAUGGGCAUGGGAGGCAUUGUGAAGGAGCUGCAGGCUGAGGGAAUACAGUCCACUGGUAGGGAGCCUGUCAGAGGCACUGGGUGUGUGGUGCGGUGCGUGGAGACAGUGGCAGAGCGGCUUGCCACUGUCAUGGGCAAGCCUUCCACUAAGAUGUUCUCUGUCAUUCAAGAGAAGAACAGCUUGGACCCUAAACGUACCCUUAUGAUUGAAGCCAAACAUUUCAGGUGCAACACAGACAUACUCUUUGGCAAAAACUGUGGGCUGCAAACUUUGGUGGUGCUGUCGGGGGUCACCACUCAGGCCGACCUGGAGAAGUGGGCAGCCAGUGAUGACCCGGAGCAACAUGCCCUGCUUGCCGACUAUUGCCUCACUCAGCUGGAUGAUCUCCUGGCUUUCCUUGACCCUAAGCAGGAGCAGUGCUAA